CUGUGACGCCGCCGAGGUGCAUGACGGGAGUCGUAGUCUAGCACUGCUUCCUGUUCUCUGAUCGCGGCAGUGAGUUCAGGUCAGUUUCGUGUUUUGGAAACAAGAAAAAACUUCAUAACCAACAGCCUAUGUCUGUGUUCGAGUCGUCCAGUGGCUUCAGCAGGCCCAUCACUGCAGUGGCCUGGGCGUCAAACACCAGCACCUGCCCCGGUCAAUACAGCCUGAUCACUCAGACUGAAGAUGGAGCCUCCGCUAACUUCAUCCGAGGGUUUGCACUCAAGGCAGGAUACUAUCUGUGUUACAGUAAGGAUCUGUCCGCUGGGCUGGUUGUGACAGAUGUGCAGGUGAUUACGGAUAAAGAGGCGAUUCCUCACGGUUACUGCUACAUCCCAGAGUUCCUGGAGCCCAAGGCAUCUGUCGGGAAGAAGAAGCGCAUCUGUGUGCGGAUCGUUCCUGUGGGCAGCGUUACGACCGCUGUUCUAGAUCUCAAACUCACAGCCAAGAAUAAGAGCAUGGUGCAGCAGUACACCUGCCUGGGGGACAUGCAUGGGUUCGUGGUGUGGUGUUUAAAGGGCCAGUUCUCCUCUCCGACUCCUCAGGCCAAGCCUCGCAGUAUCAGUCUGGACAUGCGCAGUCUCUCUCUGGAAGGAGCCGGCCCCCCGCAGCCUCUCAAGCCCAGCAAUCCUCCUGAAGGCCCACCGAAGGUCACCCGCCGGCGCAGUAAGCUGGACACACACAACCCGAUGGAAACGGUGUGUGACAGUGGCAUCUACGGGAUCACAGCGAUGGAUGGAGUUCCUUUCUCUCUACAUCCGAAAUUUGAGUCUCAGUCAAGCUCAAAGGUGUCUGCGAGCACGCUGAGUGACAUCCGUAUCAAAUCAGUGCAGGACAUUGAGAAUGAGUAUAACUACACGUUUGCGGUGGAGGAACAGGCCGCGAGGAGAGUCUGUCCGUCAGCGAGCGGAUGAGAUACGCUCUCAGGCUCAUGAAAGCACAGUUAUUUCUGCUUUAUGAUGAUGUAUAUUCAAGCUCGACCAAAACUCACUACAGGUUUUGCAGGGCUGUUUCUGGUUGGUCUCAUUCCCUCUAUUCUUCUCUGGGUUGGUUGAACAUGAAGGAUUUUCUGUGUCCAAACACAUUAUGUACUUGUGUUUCUGCAAAACACUAACAGGCGAAUCAAAGGGCUUGACAAGGUGCCUUACAUGUCAUUUUAUAAGACCACAAUAUUUUAUAUAUCUUUCUGGUGAUUUUGAGCUGCAGUUUAGUGUGUAAAAAGUGUGGUUACACUAAUAUUCUUUAUUUAUCAUAUGAAAACUGUACGUUUCAGAAACGUGGGGACCAAAAAAAAACAAUGUAUUUUUCCUGUAUUCUCUGUAUUUUUGUCUGUUUAAAUAGUCCUAAAACUGUUGUAUAAUAUCAUACGACAGUCGGUGCUCUGUGAGUUACUCUUUUGUACUUGCUUUGUUAAAAUCUGACACUUUGGGGAAUUUUAAUAAAAAUAAUCAGAUCUUGACUA